UUUGGAGCUAAACUUUGCAGUGCAUUGGCCCUCCAGGAUCCAGACGUUAUGAAGAUACAGUUGAACAAAGUAUCAGAUCUUCAGAUCCACCAGGCCAGUCUUCAGUAACUAAACAAAACUGGACUCCGUGAUCACCAUCACUCACUUAUCAGAACUCUACAUUUUUGCUUUCGCUCAUCCACCGCUCUAAAUGAGUGUCUUGGACAACAAGAUCAGGGCUGGGGCGCACACCAGAACCCACACAGAAUGUCCUGGAUCAACGGCUUCCUAGUAGCCAGAGUGGAUGACCGUAAGACCGCGUGGGGCGAGCGCAAUGGCAAGAAGUCCAAGCGCAAGGUUGGCUCCUCUCUCUGCAACCCACGCUACAUGAGCUGCCUGCGGGACGUGGAAGCCAUGGAGCCUCCUCCCCAGCCGCCCCACGCUCAGGCCACUCGGUCAGGAGGAGGAGGUACGGCUGGGAGCAACUUCGGCGUGCGCUGCGGAUGGCAGGAAGACCACUACGGGAAAAUGGGGGGGGAGGGGGUGGGGCUUAAAUCUGUGGACCUGGGUUUCGAGGACGGCGAGGUCAAGGGGAGGAAAGGGGGCGGCUUGGGUUGCGACAGCUCCAGCGAUGACUCUGCCAGCGGCUCGGGGUCGGUGACGGCGGCAGACUGCUGGCAGCGGGUGGUUCGCGUGUUCCAAUCCAAGAAGUUCCAGUCACGCAAACUGGAGCGUCUCUACCAGCGCUACUUCUUUAGGCUCAACCAGAGCUCGCUUACGAUGCUGAUGGGCGUCUUGGUGAUCGUUUGUGGGGUCAUGCUCACCUUCCACUGCAUUCACGGACUUCCUGAUGUGGUCUAUGCCUCCGUGCUCUCUGUGGCCAUGGCCCUGUUCUUGGCGCUAAUGGUGGUGUGCAACCGAAAUGGGUUCCACCAGGACUACAUGUGGAUGGUCAGCUACCUUGUGAUUGGAGUGCUAAUCGUGGUGCAGGUGUUCGGGGUGCUGAUGGUGGCCCCCCGCAGCGCCUCCGAGGGGAUCUGGUGGUCCGUGUUCUUCAUCUACAUCAUCUACACGCUGCUGCCCGUGCGGAUGAGGGCGGCAGUGCUCAGCGGAGGAGUGCUGUCCUCCAUACACCUCCUCACUACGUGGAGGAUCAAUCAGGAUGAUGAGUUCCUCUGGAAACAGCUGAGCGCAAACGUGCUGAUCUUCCUGUGCACCAACAUCAUUGGGAUCUGCACUCACUACCCAGCAGAGGUCUCUCAGAGGCAAGCCUUUCAGGAGACGCGAGGCUACAUCCAGGCCCGACUGCACCUGCAAAGAGAAAACCAGCAGCAGGAACGCCUGUUGCUGUCUGUUUUGCCAAGGCAUGUCGCCAUGGAAAUGAAGGCUGACAUCAACGCUAAAAAAGAAGACAUGAUGUUUCACAAGAUCUACAUCCAGAAGCACGACAAUGUCAGUAUUUUGUUUGCAGACAUCGAGGGUUUCACUAGUCUGGCGUCGCAGUGCACUGCUCAGGAGCUGGUUAUGACUCUAAACGAGCUGUUUGCCCGCUUUGACAAGCUGGCUUCGGAGAACCACUGCUUACGGAUCAAGAUCCUGGGGGAUUGUUACUACUGUGUGUCAGGGUUACCUGAGCCCAGAGCGGACCACGCUCACUGCUGCGUGGAAAUGGGGGUGGACAUGAUUGAAGCCAUUUCAUUGGUGCGAGAGGUCACAGGGGUCAAUGUAAACAUGCGGGUCGGUAUCCACAGUGGUCGCGUGCACUGUGGAGUUCUUGGAUUGAGAAAGUGGCAAUUCGACGUGUGGUCCAACGACGUCACGCUGGCCAACCACAUGGAGGCUGGAGGCAAAGCCGGGAGGAUCCAUAUCACUAAAGCUACUCUGCAGUACCUGAAUGGAGACUAUGAGGUGGAGCCAGGUUUUGGAGGGGAGAGGAAUGCCUAUUUGAAAGAGAACAGCAUUGAGACCUUUCUAGUGUUGGGCUGCAGUCAAAAGCGGAGAGUAAAUGCAGUGGGGGAAAAGGGAACACAAAAGGCAGAAUUAGAAAUGUGCUUUUCUAACUGUUCUUCUGCUCACAAACGCAGCCGUGGUGCUCAGGAGGCGCUGAACCCCGAAGACGAGGUGGAUGAGUUUUUGGGCCGUGCCAUUGACGCUCGCAGUAUUGACCAGCUCCGCAAAGACCACGUGAAGAAGUUCCUCCUCACCUUCCAAACCUCCAGCCUGGAGAAGAAGUAUGCUAAGAAGGUAGACGAUCGUUUUGGCGGUUACGUGGCCUGUACUCUGCUGGUCUUCUGUUUCAUCUCUUUUAUCCAGAUCGUCAUAUUCCCUCAUACUCUGGUCAUGCUGGGAAUAUACAUCAGUAUCUUCAUCAUUCUUGCCAACAUCCUUUUCAUCUGUGCCAUUUACUCCUGCGUAAAGCUCUUCCCUGCUGCUAUGCAGACUGUGUCCAAGAAGAUUGUUCAGUCUCGCACCAACAGCACACUGGUGGGAGUUUUCACCAUCAUCCUCGUCUUCAUCUCUGCCUUUGUCAAUAUGUUUUCCUGUGAUACACGGAAACUUGUGGACUGUGUAGCAGAGCAGUUUAACUGGUCGUCCGAGAUGGUUACUCCCUGUGUCAUUCACAACUUGUCUCGCUCUGCAGCCGACGGCCUGAAUAUCUGUCCCAGCAACACUCCCUCCUGCCCCUUCCCUGAGUAUUUCAGCUACAGUGUGCUGCUGACCCUGUUGGCCUGCUCAGUGUUCCUGCAGAUCAGUAGUAUAGGGAAGCUGGCUUUAAUGCUGCUCAUCCAGCUCACUUUCCUGCUGCUUGUGGAGUGGCCAGAGGUGGUGCUGUUUGACAACGCAGACCUCUUCGUUACUGCCAAUGCCCUUGUUUUCAAUGAAACUCUGCUAUGGUCCAGUCUCAAUACGACUACUGAGCAGUGUACUUUCAGGGUGACUAAAGUGUCCCUAAAGGUCAUGACCCCAGUGAUCCUCACUGUAUUUGUACUAGCACUGUACCUACAUGCCCAGCAAGUGGAGUCAACGGCUCGUUUAGACUUCCUUUGGAAACUUCAGGCCACAGAAGAAAAGGAGGAGAUGGAGGAACUUCAAGCCUACAACCGCCGGCUUCUCCACAACAUCCUGCCCAAAGAUGUGGCCGCCCACUUUCUAGCCAGAGAGAGGAGGAAUGACGAGCUGUACUACCAGUCGUGUGAGUGUGUGGCCGUCAUGUUCGCCUCCAUCAGCAACUUUUCCGAGUUCUACGUGGAGCUGGAGGCCAACAACGAGGGAGUGGAGUGUCUGAGGCUCCUCAAUGAGAUCAUCGCUGAUUUUGAUGAGAUCAUCAGUGAGGAGAAAUACAGACAGCUGGAGAAAAUAAAGACCAUUGGCAGCACCUACAUGGCCGCAUCCGGUCUUAACGACUCCACCUAUGACAAGGAAGGCCGCUCGCAUAUAACCGCCCUGGCCGACUACGCCAUGCACCUCCGCGAACAGAUGAAAUAUAUCAAUGAGCAUUCCUUCAACAACUUCCAGAUGAAGAUCGGACUGAACAUUGGGCCAGUGGUCGCAGGAGUUAUUGGCGCCAGAAAGCCCCAGUAUGAUAUCUGGGGAAACACAGUAAACGUGGCCAGUCGGAUGGACAGUACAGGGGUCCCAGACCAUAUUCAGGUGACCACAGACCUGCACCAGGUGUUGGCCAGUAAAGGUUACCAGCUGGAGUGUCGAGGGGUCGUUAAGGUGAAAGGCAAGGGUGAGAUGACCACUUACUUCCUGAACGACGGACCUCCCAACAGUUAGCAGCACACUAGAGUUCCUUUGGAUUCCCACAAUUCCCCAGAGAGGAGGAUUUCUAGAGGCAAGCAGAAGACAAACAAGUAGCCAUCGCCAUCACUUGAAGAAAAAAGGAAGAUUAUUG